AUGUCGAAUGACGACGCGUGUAUUGCUUAUGCUAAGCAGCACAACAUUCACCAUUUAUUUGAGCUCAUGGCAACCAAGUUGCUGCUGAACCGUCCCGAGAACCCCUUUGCGUACUUGCGCGUCCUUCUCAAGGACGUGGAGGAGUCUGAGAAGAACAAAGGCUCGCACGAUCCCACCCAACUCCACUUCAACAGCAACGUUGCAGCCGCAGCCCCUGCUGCAACACAGGACUCCGCGAAGGAGAAGAGAAGCGUGACGCUAGCCGCCUUCGGUCUCGACCAGGCGGGCAAGACGUGCGUUCUUUCCGUGCUGGAGAGCGGCGAGGCGGAAAAGAAGUACACCCCAACCAUCGGAUUUGCCCCCAUCAAGUUCCCGCUGGACGACUACAACUUGUGCGUCUUCGACCUCGGCGGGGCUGCCAAUUUCCGCGGCAUUUGGGUGCAUUACUACCACGACUGCUACGGCAUUGUGUACGUCAUUGACUCGGCUGCCAGCGAUGAGCGGGUGAGCGAGUCGCUCAAAGUGCUGUACGAGACGCUCCAGCACCCGUACGUGAAAGGGAAGCCGCUGCUGGUGCUGGCGAACAAGAAGGACUUGCCGGAAAGUCGCGGUGUAGAGGUGAUUCCCCAGGGCUUCCUCGAAGAGGCGAUGGGGGAGAACGGCGCGCCGUACCGUGUGCUGGCGACGUGCGCCGUCGAAGACGACCCGACCUUAGUGGAAGGUAUUGAGUGGCUGCUAGAGGCUGUGUCGAAAGACUACGAUGCACUGGCGGAGCGUGUGGCUCACGACAGCAACAAGGUGAAGGAGGAGAGAACUCGUCAACGGGCUGCCAGGCUGGCUGCCAUUCGCGGCGAGGACGAGUGA